UAAAACAGGGGAUUUUAUUGAGAGGGUGUAGAGUGGUUUGUGCCAGGGAGCAGCGCUGUUGCCAGGAGUUGUGAUGGUGGAAGCUGUAUAGGUUCUGAGACGGUGAGAAGGUAUUACAGCUCAGUGUAGCCUCAGUAUUACUUCACAGCACUUAGCUCCCUUAAACCCUUGUAGUAGUGCUACGAAAGCGGAGGCUGCGACAUGGCUCCCAGGAAAGGAGAGCUGACAGAGGAGGAGAGGCAGCUGCUCACACACAUCUCCCAAGGGAAUAUUCAAGAGACUAGGAGACUUUUAGGGAGCAAGGAUGUCCGUGUUAACUGUUUGGAUGAGCACGGAAUGACUCCUCUUAUGCAUGCAGCCUACAAAGGAAAGGUGGAUAUGUGCAAACUUUUAUUGCAACAUGGAGCAGAUGUCAACUGUAAUGAACAUGAACAUGGGUACACAGCAUUGAUGUUUGCUGGCCUCUCGGGGAAUAAAGAAAUUGCUUGGCUGAUGCUGGAGGCUGGAGCUGACGCAGAUGUAGUCAACUCUGUUGGGAGAACGGCAGCACAAAUGGCAGCUUUUGUAGGCCAGCAUGAUUGUGUCACAGUAAUCAACAACUUUUUUCCACGGGAAAAACUGGAUUAUUACACCAAGACUCAAGGGUUAAACAAAGAACCUAAAUUACCAUCAAAAUUAGCUGGACCCUUGUACAAGGUUAUUACAACCACAAACUUGCAUCCUGUUAAGAUUGUCUUUCUAAUAAAAGAGAACCCCCUUCUGAUGGAGAUAGAUGCUUUAAAGAAAUGUUGCACAGUGCUGGAUUUAAUCUGUGAGAAAUGUAUGAAGCAAAAGGACAUGAAUGAAGUUUUGGCUGUGAAAAUGCACUAUAUUAGUUGUGUAAUGCAGAAGUGCUCUACAUUCCUCCAGGAUCAAGAAGACAAACUUGAUAACUUUAUUAAAAAUUUAUUAAAAGGUAGAGAUCCGGACUGCUUCCCCGUGUUCCAGGAGAAGUUCAUCCGAGAAUGCAUCAGGAAGUUUCCCUACUGUGAAGCAACAUUACUCCAGCAGCUUGUCCGGAGCAUCGCUCCAGUGGAGAUUGGAUCUGAUCCCACCGCAUUCUCGAUACUUACGCAAGCUAUUACUGGACAAGUGGGCUUUAUCGAUGCAGACUUUUGCACCACGUGUGGAGAGAAAGGUGCCACCAAGAGAUGCUCAGUGUGCAAACUGGUGAUAUAUUGUGAUCAGAACUGCCAGAAACUCCACUGGUUCACACACAAAAAAGUCUGCAAAAUGCUGAAGGAGAAGAGAGAGAAGCAAGAGGAGGAAGCAGCCAGAGAGAAGAGAAGACAGGAAAAGCUGAGUAAGAAAGAUUUUUUUUUAGUAGAGGAAAUGAAACCUGAUGAACAGCUUGCAGCGACUGAAGGGGCUUCUAAUUCUCAAACAGAUGCUUCCCGAGAAGCAGAAUGUCCACCCGCACCAAGUGCAACAGAAGGAAGUAAGGAAAGCAAAGAGGCGUCUCUCUCUUCCUCGGAACAAACUGCUGACGCCAGUAUUUCUCAGACAGCAAAUAAAUCCGAGGAGUAAAGGCGCUUCCUACCGCUUACCAACAAUUCUGUGGAAAGUUCUCUCAAGAUCUAGAGGGGCAGAAACUCUUAAAAACCUCCACUAGUCCCUUUUAUGGAUGUUCCUUUGGAAAAGGCUUCUGUUGCUGUAUGUCUUGUGCUGGAGAGAUGCAUUCUGCAUACUGAGCUUGCCUGGUACUGUGAAUGCUUCUUAUGUGCUUAAAUAUGAACCAUGCACAGAGUUGGACUGACACGCCAUAAGGGGAUUGCUUAAAAAAAGUUCAUAGUCGGGUUCAAUUCAUUUGAUGAUGCGCUUAUCCCUUAAACAUAUAUUCUCCAAUAUUAUAAUUAUGUCUUUGGUACCAAAUAAUAACAAUGGGAUGACUGGCAAAAGAAGUAGUGCAAUUCAGGGAGAUACCCCUAUGAUUAUGUUAUAUGCAACAUUUUGGGGAAACCUCCCUAAAACAUUGUAUUUGACAUAAUAACCAAAGUGGAAUCUCCAUUCCACUGACUUGUUGCUGGUCAUCUAUUUAUUUCACUGAAAAAGCAUUAUCUUUACUCUAUUUUCCAUGGAUUCCUUGUAUAGCACUGGGUCUGUGAAUAUGCAAUGGACUUCUCUUAUCUUGUGUGCACUGGUCCUGAGCUGCACCAUGGAAAAUAGACAUGUGGGAGAAGGAUAGAGUCAAAGGUAAAUAUCCGAUUCAUAGGCAGGUGCAUAACAAAUUAGAUUAGAAAUCCCCUCAUGAUAUUAUUGGCCUUUCUGUGAGCUCUUGCUUUCCCUACCUGUAACUGCUGCCAUGUGCUCCUCAGCAGAACUUCCUAAAGCCAGCUCUGAAUGAGAGUAAUGAGAGCCUGGAAUAUGGAUAGGUAAGGCCUGGAAAGAUAGAUAAGUAAUAAAAAGUAACAAUGACUAUAAAAUAGAAGCCUCACAGAGCAAAAGUUUCUUAGCUUCUGGAAUCAGUGACCCCAUGUAAAAACAGGAAAGAGGUAGAAGGCAAAUAAACUUAAAAAUCUAUAAAAAAUAAUUAAUACCAAUUAAAUAGUUGCUAAGAAUAGGACUUUCCAAAAAUCACUAAAAGUUGACAACUUAAAGGUGAGUUACCCUGGUCAGCUUGAUAUUUGUUCUUAGCCCCUAAGCAAAACCUUUAGCCAACCCUUGCCUGACUGCAGAUGAACACUUUCCUAGGGUAGCAGGAGAGCGCCAAGGGUGCUAAUACAGUCAUUCUGCAAAGUUUGCACAAGUAAACAAGGAUCUAAUGUGAAGCUAUGAAUAUAUUGUUUCCUUUUCAAAGGACAAAAAAAACACCUUAUACACAAAAAUGUUAGCCCCCCCCCCCCCCCCAGAGAAUAGAGUUGCUAUGUUUAUUCCCCAGGCUGGAAAAAAAAUGCACCAGCCCAGAGAAGUUUAAAAUGCAUCGGCAUCUUACUACUGGUCUUUCCCAGAUUUAGAAUCAAGCAUGCACAACAGUGUAAAACUGUGGGACUCGAUGCUACUGUGCAUAGAAGUCUGACCGUGAACCGGAGAAGCGAGGUAAGAUUGUGCUGCUGCAAUUCAGACUUCCCAGCUUGGUGUAGUUUUUCCCCUAAGAAGGGAAGCGGCUCUGGAAACAAACCUAGCAAUUCUGUUAACUGCAGGGGAGGGGUCUUAACAUUUUGGCACCCCUCAAUGAUUAGGGUUUAACUUGCCCUUUAAACAACUAACCUAAAUAAUGAAAAUACUAUUCAUGAUCCUGUUUGAAUAUUCUGUGUGUCUUAUUGUGCCUGAGCAGAGGCAGAACUGGGCACACCGAUUUGCUUUGGCUGGAGGAGCAAACUAAAGAGGAUGUUUGGGGUAAUUACAGCAGUAACUAUUUUGUAUAUGGCUGCUGGACUUGGAACCUUCUGCAUCUGCACUGUGUAGGGAGACAGAAAUGUAGAUUGUUAUUUAUAUUAUUUAAACAUUGUAGGCUAGGAGAGAAGACACCCUAGAAGUGUCGGUUAGCGCCAAAUGAUGUAGUAAAUCUCCUAUUUUAAACAAUAUAAACAAGGUUUUGUUGGUACCUGCACAUAAUGUGUAACCUCAGGGAAAGGAGUGUUCAGCUGUAUCAAUGUGUUUCAGUCUCUUGUUUAUAAUGUUGUACUUCUUGUUAAAAAAAAAAUGUAAUUAAUUGUCCCAGUUUCCUUAUACAGAGCUAUAUGUUGGUAGGACCAAUCAGCUGGAGUUUGACAAGAGAUGGUUAGGUCAUUUAUAAUGAUGUUGUGCCUAUGAAUCUACUUUUUGGAACAUUGUCGCCAUUUAAGCAAUACAGCUUUGUUUUUUAAUGUUCAUUUUAAUUUUGUUAGUAUCUCACAAUGUAAAUACCCCCACAUUGCCUGUUUUAUAGAUCAUUUGUAUAUGUCGGUAAUGUACCCCGUAAGAGUUAAACAUGGUGAGAACCAUAGAAAUGUAGAGUGCACUAAACUGUACACCAUACUUUCAGCACAGUUAAUUGGGUUUGUGGUGAAACUUAGUGAUAUUCAAACAAUUGAAAUAAAAAUAACCAGAUAAAAGAAAAAAGGAGAGUGAAGUAGGUGAGAGUGAGGGCCAGGAAAAAACAGGCAAACAUUAACCAAGAGUGCCUUGUACUUUUGUGUACUCUCCGGCCACAGCAAUGACACCCCCCUCCCUUAGCUGUGCAAAAACUUCUUUGCUUUCUGGUGGCGAUCACACACAUGAAGCAGUUACUUUCUUGUUAAAUUAAUAGUUUUAGUUGGUGAUCCCAAUUAUGCUGGGCGAUCCCUUUGCAUUUUUAAAAUUGGUAUGGAGAAGUAGGGCCAUUUUGGGGAGUGUCCUUACUGUGGCUGGGUACAGUGGAGGGGGGCAUUGCAGGGACCCUGGUUGAUAUUUGCCUUAUGUUCACCAAAAAUAAUACAUAAAUCUUUUUCCAUGAUGCAAACAGAUUAUGUUGCUUUGUGAGCAUUCUGUAAUGUAACCUCCCACCUGCUUUAGGUGGUCAGGGAAUGCGUUUGUCCCGUGGUGGGAGAGAGAUGGACUAAACUAUUUCCCUCUGAAAACCAGGCUGGCUGUGCAGUAAUGCGUAAUAAAUCCAUUUUAGGCCAUGUGGAUAAAAACAUGAAUAACAUUUACUAAGUAUUACUAUGGACUAAACUGGUUGUACCCCUUGCUUUUCUAUUUAAUUUUUCAUGUGAAACAAUCCCAAGACUCUCUUCUCUGCGCACUCUUACCUUGGUGAUGGCACUGUGCUAAACUGUAACUGUCACCCAGUGUCGGACUUGGCACUUCCAUUCUUGCCCAUCUGCAAGGUGGCACUAAAUGCAAAUAUAAUGCAGGACCAGUGAUAAAACUUAUAUUGUCUUUGAUUUAUAUCACCCUUAGUUCUUAUUUGCAAGCAUUCUGUAUGAUGCAUGUAACAAAUAUUUCAAUAAAAUUAUUUUCUGUUUUUCUUUAA